AUUACUAUUUAUCAAUGUGUAAUAAGAAACUCUGUGUGGUUAAACCAUCUCCGCCGUAGCCAUGGCGGUUUUCCGAUGCGCCGUCUUUUUAACUCCUUUGACUUUGUUUCCGUCGUACUCUACCGGAAGGAGAGUUUCUUUUAAAGUUAUCCGGUGUUCUUCGGUUUCGAUUCCGUUCUCGUCGAAGUCAUCAAGAAGGAAAAAUUACCUGCGACCCAAAAUCCUUAGAACCCUAAAUCCGAAGCCUCAAGAAACCGUCUUAAUCGGAAUCGAAAAGCCGGAAAAUGUUCCUCCAAGCGACGUAGUUUCUAAUCAGGAUGAUCAUGUAGAGGAGGAGCUUCAAGUCUUAAGUAGCUCGGUUGUGUCAAAUGAGGUAAAUGGUAUAUCAAGUAAGCUCUCUCCGAAGUCAUUGGCGAAGUAUGGAUUGUGGUUAAUCGGAAUAUUCGCUUUUCAAACAGUUUGUGCUGUUUUGUUUCUGGGAGACUCAACGAAAUCCGAGAAUACGCCGGAUAUUUCGAGUGGUAGUGGUCAAAAUGGGGAAAGAGAGAGCAAUGUGGUUUCAUUAGAGGAUCUUGAGAUGAAUGAGAAGAUUGCAGAGAUCAGAUUGAUGGCACGUGAAGCACGUAAAAGUGAGGGUAAGGAAGAAGAGGAUGAAACUGGGAUUGAUAUUGAGAAAGAGAUAGAAGCAAGAUUGUCUAACAUGGAGAAACGGUUAAAUUCGCAGAGGAAAGGUUUGGCGGGGUUGCGUGUUGAACCGUUGGAUGAAUCUGGAAAUGAUGAUUUGAAGGAUGAGAAAAGUUUGAUGUUUGAGAAGAAGUAUAAGUUUAAAGCCGAGAAGCCACCAACGGGUAAUGUGAAAGGCUUUGGUGGAAGUAAGGGAAAUGAUGAGGUUAUAUCUGGGACUGAGAUGACAGGGCAAAAUGGGAGUGUUAGUGAAUCACGAGAUCCUGAAGAACAACAAAAAGAGGCAGGGCUUUCAGAUUCCGAGAUGGUUUCUGGUGCUGCUCAGGAAUCUGAGCAAAGACGACCAUCAAAAGAAGUUAAGAAGUCAAGAAAAUCUGGAAAUCGAGUGGGCGGAACACCAAAUAUGGAAGCUGGUUCUGGAUUUGGUAGCAGUUCAUUGUCAGGGAAACAUGGAGAAGUCAGGAAAGGAAAACCGAUAAGAAGAGCAAGGGAGAAUCAAUCUGGGAAAGUGAAUAAAAUGUGGUGGCUCAAGCUUCCCUAUGUGCUGAGAGUUCUCAUGCGGAGUAAUAUCGAUCAAGACAUAUCUGAGGGAUAUUUUACCUUGAGGACCGAAUCUAUGGAACAAAAUGAGGGCCAGGUUUCACACAUGAUUGCAUUUGAGGAUCAAAGUGAUGCUAGAAACUUCUCUUAUCUGCUUGAAUCAGUUUUUGAAGACUUGGAUGAUUUCAGCGCCGAUAUAGCUCCGGUAUCAACCAAGGAUCUUUAUGACGAAGUUAGCUCUGGUGACAAGAAUGUGAUAGUUGUGAGGAAGAGGCAGCUUACAUUGUAUGCUGGACAACCAUUUGAAGACGUUGAAAGAGCUUUGCGAACUCUGAUUCAAGAACAAAGAUGAAAAAGUAACAACAUUACUUCGGAAUGGAAAAACUAGAGAGUCAAGAGAUGAUUGAUGUGGAUGACAGAGGCAGUAAGAACAAUGGGGAAUACAACAACAAUUAUCCA